AUGGCGGAAAUGCUCCUGAAGGCACAGAAGUACAUGAAUGCCGAGGAUGCUCUAGCAGCCAUAAAGGAUGUAGAGAAACCAGGAGACAAGACAAAGAAGGGAGACGACCGUAGAGGUCAAAAGAAGGAAUGUCCAGAUCGUCGGAACAAUGAUGGGAAUAGGAGAAAAGAUGAUAAAGGCCCUCGGACGAUAAGAUUCACGCCCCUAGUUAUGCCUGUUGACAAAAUCUUAACGCAGAUCAAGGACGAACACUACCUCAAAUGGCCAAGGCCAUUACACUCAUCCCCUAAUGUCUGCGACAAGAACAAGUACUGCCGAUUUCAUAAAGACCACGACUAUAACACAGAAGAUUGUAGGGACCUUAAGGAGCAAAUAGAAGACUUGAUACGGAAAGGGAAGUUACAGAAAUAUGUGAAGAAGGGAGAGUAUCAUAAGUUUGUGGAUGAUAAUAAGAACCAGCACGGAUCUUCUUCCCGGGGUGACGACCGCCCGUCCCAACCCCUGCAGGAUGUGAUCGAGGAGAUAAAGACUAUUAUAGGAGGGCCAUUCUCAAGAGGAUCAUUUAAAUCCCUCAAGAAAGCCUACCAGAGGCAAGUAAAUAGUGUCCACACCAUACCUCCGUCCAAGCAACAACGAAUAGAUCGAGACAUGUCCUUUAAUGAAGGGGACACCAAAGGAGUGAAGCAACCCCACAAUGAUCCUUUGGUCAUAAUGUUGAAUAUAGAGGGAUUCAACACCAAGAGGAUCCUCGUGGACAACGGCAGCUCCGCAGACAUCAUCUACCUUCCUGCCUUCCAACAGCUGAAGCUAGACCCAAGGAGACUACGCCCAUUUGACUCUCCCCUCGUCAACUUUAGUGGAGACAGGUUGACCCGUCAGUUAGACUUCCUUGUGGUGGACUGCCCCUCAUUCUAUAACGUCAUCAUUGGAAGGCCCACACUCAACAAAUGGAAAGCGGCGACGUCCACCUACUGUUUGAAGGUAAAAUUCCCAACAGAUAAUGGUGUCGGUGAAGUAAAAAGGGAUCAGGUCCUGGCAAGGGAAUGCUAUCAAGCCGUCUUGGCUGCGAAGGAGAACCACACAUGGAUGAUUGAAAAGAAGGAAGAAGAUAUAGUGGAGGACCUGGAAACAGUGGAAUUGGUUGAAGGAGAAGCGAACAAGACAACAAAUAUAGGAACGACGCUAAGCCCUGAGAUGAGAACAAGACUCAUCCAAUUCCUUAAAGAAAAUAUUGAUGUCUUCGCAUGGAGCCAUAAGGACAUGCGGGCAUAG